GAGUUGUUUCACACACAGCAGACUGAACUGUGUGAGGACAGUGAGGCAAGAUGCCGGUGAAGCGGACGAGAAACGCAGGUAAAGCCCAGAUGAAGGAGCAGCUGAGCAGAGAGAUGCGACAGAGCAAACUGGCGCUCUUCAUUCAACAUUUUGAGAAAGAAGCACAGGAGCGUAUGAACGAGCUGGAGGGCAAAAUGGAGAACAUGUUGGCAACAGUAGACAAAGUCUUCAAAGUGGAGCUGAUGAAGAUGCCUCCUUCGCUUCAGAACACAAGAUUAGUGGAUUUAAUAAGCGAGGAAGAAAUCUCAGCAAGUGAUGUGUCAAUUGCCAUGAGGAAUGAAUCCCUGGAGAUGCGGCAGCCCCUCAGGGUACCCAGGAAAAGAGUGAAAUCAAUUGACUCUACUCCGGUUCAGUCCACCCCAGCAGCUCAGAAGUCCUCAGUCAAGACCUCUAAGGGAGGAAAAGGAACAAAAAGGACCAGAACGUUAGUUGGUAGCAACAGCACUGGAAACGUCAGGGGUUCUUCAGUCACUGCCAAAAGGACUCAAAGCUUCUUGUCCAAGACCAAUAACGAGGCCACAGCAACCAAACCUAAACUCAGGUCUGUCGUCUCUGCUGGUGAUUUGCAGUGUUCACUGGCAGGAUCUGCUGCACACAUCACUGUAACCACAGCACGGGGACAGACUGUCUGCUUUUCUGACGAGACCAAGGAUGAAAUAAACUUUGACCUGCUGGAUGAUGUGGCAUGGUGUCAGAUUCAGAAGCUCACGAGACUGAUGGAAUAUCUGUCAGGGCGAAGCCGCUGCCAGCGAUGAGUAAUGAUGCCCGAAUAUCCACUGUGACCAGGAUUUGUGUUUUGUUCACAAUUGUGCUUUGGUUGUCUUAAUGUGUUUUAAAAUAUAUAAUAAAGCUUAUUUUGUCUUGCAUGA